AUGUGGCAGGCUGCCCGUCAAGUAAGGACGGUGUUGCUGUCUUUUUCCCUCUGUUUUCUCUUCCUUGUCAAUGGUGGUGGCAGAAAGCUUCAUCAUCGGCUGCCUCUGAAAUGGAGCUGUCAGGCAUUGGCAGGAGCAGACUGCUGCUGGCCGAGUGCUGGCGGCACCUGCUCUGACAACACUCAGCAACAGCUCACGCACGGGGAGUUUUGCUGUGGAUAUUCCCCUUGUGAUGUAACAUGUUGUGACUGUGGUCGCGCUGGCUGCAGGACCACGGAUCCGCACAAAGACUGCUCAGAAGACUUGGAAUCGCUCAUUGCUCACUGCCGCAGCAGGCCGGUGUUUGACGAACAGAUCAAUGCGUCCAGCGGAUUCCAAGAUUACAAUUGCACGGCGAGAGUUGCGCUGCCUUGGGGCUGGAUUGACCAAUGGCUCAGCUUCACCAACACUGUCGACAUCACAGGUAUCUCCCUGAAUGACGAUCAAGUUCCAGACUUUGACCUCUGGUAUAGCACCGACGUGGAUGGUGAGGAAUGGAAGAGAAGUGGCUUCUACCGAGGAAGUGUGGGCUUUCGUCGCUUGAGCGUCGGCUUGCUGCCUUCAGUAAGGCACCUCCGUCUCAGGUGGGUGUGGCCAAAAAACUGGGAGAUUCUGCAGCAAGAGGCCCGCCUUCCAUCGCCGAUUUUGUUCGGUUGCAAGCACGGAGAGGAACCGGAGGCAGGCCUUUUGAAGCGCAUGCAGUCGUCCUUUGCAGCGGCCAAUUCGCUGCGUUUCAUAACGCUGGUGCUGACAGGAUGUUUUCUUUGCGUCGUUGUGAGGUCUGCCCGUCGAUUUGGUUCUUGGCGAAGAGGUGCGGCAUCCCCAGAAGCUGCUGGCCUCGUCCCAUUUUCCGGGCCAGAUGAGACUUCCAUGGAGAUGACAGAAGGCCCACCUUGGGUGACUCGGAACAGAUGUGUAGCCAAUAUAAUCUUGACGCACACACACACACACACCCCAUGA